CUCUGUGACACAUGUUGUUCCACGACGGUGAUUUUUCCAGGUGAUUGAUUCAUUUCAGCUCAAGUUUUCACAAACUCUUUGAUACAAAUUGAAGAAUCAAAAAAGAAAACAAGCAAAAAAACAAGCGCCCUCGACCACCGCUCCGGACCUUCUGAUUCGCUCCAACCAAAAGUAUCCACCUCGUUGUCCACAACGGGCAUGCAAUGCACGAACAAGUUUCACGGCCCCAUUCGUUCGGGUCUCGAUAUCCAAGGUUUUCUCGAAACACUCGAAACACCACUUUCAGCUGAAUGACAUGAGCUGGCUCACCUCACCUGUCUCACCUUUUCCUUUCCAAAAAUCCGUGCACCUUCCUCCAACUUCCAACAUUCCAACCCCAAACCACCAAAAAUCCCCUACCACCUACCUACCUAGCUCCAGCCUGAAAAAGGCCCAAAAGCUCCGUCCAAAAUGUGCAUCCGCGUCCUAACAAUCUUCAAAUGCGCCUGCCCCCACCGCAACACCCUCGUCUGUCCACACCACAUUCACGUCCGCGAACCUUCUUCAACCGCCAACCUCUCCUCACAACCAUCCCCCCCAAACCCAUCCAAACCAGAUACUACUAGCUCAUCCCCCCCAUCAGCCGAGUCCCCAGAAACCAACAACACAACCGACGGUGACAUGGACGACGACUUCCAAAAAGGUUUCACCCCCCGCCUCCCCUCCGCUCUCCAGGGCCACAAAGCCUGGACCCCGCUCCCCGGCAAAGAGAAUCAGCGAUGGGAGCAUUGUCCCGGCUACCUUGCCAAAUGCAGAGCGUUGGCAGUAGCAUCUGCUGGUAGUAAGACGGGUGAGGUAAUUGUGGGCAAGGAAACGCAGUGCGCGGAAUACAAAGCUACUGAGCCCAAGUUUAGGAGGCGAUGGGAGGUUAAAGCUGGGUUGUGUGAGGAGUGUAGGGGGAUGCAUGGGAUGGAUGGUCCUUCUGGGGGGCAGGAUGGGGAGAAGGGAAAGGAAGGGGGGAAGGGGAAGGAGAGGGGGGUGGGGAAGGGGAUGAGAGAGAAAAAGGAGGAGGAAAGGGGGAGGGCGAGGGCGAGGAGUAGAGCGGCUACGGACCCUACGCCUACGGUGGGUGCUGUUGUGCCGGUGCCGGGGCUGGUGGAUGGGGGCGGGAAUGUGGUCAAAGGGGUGAGUGCGAAGGUAGUGGGGAGGAGGGUGGUGAGGAAGAGGAUAGCUACUUUGUGA